UGUGACGCCACGGCUGAAUCGAGUCGAGGAGACAAGGCAGAGCACCGAGAGUUUUGUAGACUCCUCUUUUUUGCCGUCUCUCUCACUCACUCCCCCGUCUCAGCGUCGCUCGUCUGGAGAACAAGAUAACGGCGACGAGUGCGAGUCACAAAGGUCGCGCUUCGCUGGGGAGGGGGCGGAGUAGCCGUGAGCGCGCAGGGGAGCAGAUAGAGACUAAGCGAAAGAGAGAACAUGCAGAGCUCCCUCCUUCGUUAUUCGUUUGGUUUAAGUAGAGCGGCUGGGAAGAUGGCGACAUUCCAGGACUGCCGCAAUCCAUUCGGUUGGCACCUCUAGCGCCAAAAGGAGCGCACUUUUUGCACUCGGGCAAUAUGUCAGCUGAAUUUAAUUUCUCAGCCCUUGCUAAUGUGACAAACAGCAGUUCCGUAAGUGGAGGGUGCCCGCUAACAAAAACCGGCUUUCAGUUUUAUUACCUGCCGACGGUGUACAUCUUUGUCUUCAUCACUGGAUUAAUAGGGAACAGUGUGGCCAUCUGGAUGUUCGUCUUUCACAUGAGACCGUGGAGCAGCAUUUCAGUGUACAUGUUCAAUCUGGCGUUGGCUGACUUCUUUUAUGUGCUCUCUCUUCCCAUCCUCAUUUUUUACUAUUUCAACAAAACGGAUUGGGUCUUCGGAGACAUCAUGUGUAAGCUUCAGCGCUUUAUUUUUCACGUGAACUUGUACGGGAGCAUCCUCUUCCUCACUUGCAUCAGCGUGCAUAGGUACACAGGAGUUGUGCACCCUUUAAAAUCCUUGGGGAGACUGAAGAAGAAAAACUCCAUCUUCAUCAGUGGCUUGGUGUGGUUCAUUGUAGUUGCUGGGAUUUCACCAAUACUAUACUUUUCCCGAACUGGAACAAAGAAAAAUGGAACAACAUGUUAUGACACAACCUCUGUGGAUCACCUGAGCAGUUAUUUUGUGUACAGCAUGUGUACAACUGUCUUUGGGUUCUGCAUUCCCUUUAUAAUCAUCUUGGGCUGUUAUGGAUUAAUAGUCAAAUCACUGAUUUGCAACGAUAUGAACAAUGCGCCUCUUAGGCGAAAAUCCAUUCACUUGGUCAUAAUAGUGUUAGCUGUUUUUGCUGUUUCUUAUCUGCCAUUUCAUGUGAUGAAAAACUUAAAUCUGAGAGCCAGACUGUACUUCCAAAGCCCUGAGAUGUGUGAUUUCAACAACAAGGUGUAUGCCACGUACCAAGUGACUCGAGGUCUCGCCAGCUUGAAUAGCUGUGUGGAUCCAAUUUUAUACUUUCUGGCAGGGGAUACAUUCAGAAGACGACUAUCUAAAGCUACCAGGAAAAGUUCCAAACGAAGUGACAAUAAUCUCCAGUCCAAAAGUGAAGAAACUGCUCUCAACAUUUUACCUGAGUACACAGAAAAUGGUGACACGCGUCUGUGAAUGUUAAACAUUAAAAUCAUACGAGUCUGGGUAAAGGAAAAAGGCAAAAAAACUUAAAGCUUAUGAAACUGCCUUUAUAGUACACUUCUUUCUGUCUCUUCUUGCCCAUUUUAAGGCAAUAAGUAUGUCAGGGCUUUCCACAGAAGGCAGGUAUUUACACUGUUUCGCAUGCUUGUUCAUGUUUUACUGGAAGCCCUUACAUGCAGAAAGUGUUUGCAUAGCCUGCCUUUUAAUCCUCAAACUGUUGAUUAUUCACAUUAACAUUUGAAUCCCAGUUGUAAUUAGCCUCUUUAGCAGCUCAAAGUCAGUUAGAAAAAAAAAAAGAAAAUCUGGAUUGAAAGAACACUGGAAUGCAAAGAUUUUAUCUGAGCCUUAUACAAACCACAAAUUUUAAACAUUUAUUGCAGUUAUGGUCACCUGUUGAACAGAUGACUGGAAUGCACUAACAGUAGUAUUUAUGUAACAUGGAAAUUUUAAACAUGAAAUUGAAUUGUGUUACUUUUUAUGCUGGUUUCAGAUAGUUUUGCAAAUGAGAGCAAUUUGCUCAUGGAGCGGUCUCCUGAAAGCUUUGUGAGGCUCAGCAUUCCCUAGCAGCCCAGACUUUAAUGUGUAUUAAUGCAGAAAUGGUUUAUAUGGAAUAAGAUAAUAUAUCUCACUAGUGUUAGUUACUGUCCCUGUGUUUUAUAACUGCAGAAACAUGACUAAGCAAAGCUCUCAGUCUGAUUAUCAUGCUGUUAACGCAUGACAAGCUCAAUAUGCACUGUAAAAAUGUGACCUUUGGGUACUGUAUAUUAUUGACACUAACACUGGCGUUAUGUACACUGUGCUGCUCAACCACGUGUCCAAUGUGCACUGUGUAGUGACAAUUUGUGUUGUAUGAAGGCAUAUAGUAUAUGUGAUUAACUUUUCAAGCCAUUUUGUAGGAUAAUAUGGUGUUAUAUCAGAGACACUUUUAUUUUUGUAUGUGUUUUAUUAUAAUUUCCUGUUAAAAUUAAGGUGUUAACUUAUUGCAUGUAAGCAGUGUUAAGGAAAGGUGACUAACUUUUCCAGUUUUCUAAUGGCCUGAACGAACAAAUGUUUCUUUUCUUUGUGUCGUGCUGUUUGCAUGCAAUUUAUGUUGCAUGAUGAUUGCAGUGGUGCCUGCCAUUUACUAAGAAAUUCAGUUCUACAUCUUUUAGUCACGUGCUUGAACUUGUGCUUCUUACAUAUGCAAUUGUGAUACAAUAAAAUUCUUUAUUUCUGUCUGUGGAGUCAGAUGUUGAAGCACAACAUGGUAAGCACAAUUUAUAUUAAUCUUAUUGGUGAAGCGUUGUCUGAUUGUGACAAUUAUUAGGUACAAUGUGAACACUUUCUGAUGAAUUGUGUCUAAAAUACUCAAGUAAAACUAUAAAACUGAACCAA